GUAUUGAACAAAAUAGUUCCCUGCAACUAUAUAAAAAAGAACGACCUAUCGUACAUGAAAUGUCCCGUUGAUAAAAUGAGAGCCAAAGUGCAGCAGUUGUCUGGAGAGAAGGACUUCAUGCUAGGCAGCCCCGUCUUAAAUAUAGAAACCCCCUAAAAAUAGCCACCCAUGUUCCAGACUCAACAGGUGAUUGGCCCAAAAAGAGGGGAGGGGAACUGAGGCCGCAGUGAAGGAGAGUGAAGGACAGUGCCGCUGUUUUCAGCUUCUAUCACAGCAAUGGCUCUGCCUCUGAGGUUUCUGAGCAGGGGCUUGGCGACUGCAGCCAAGGGAGGCCACGGAGGAGCAGGAGCCAGAACCUGGCGCCUCCUGAGCUUCACGGUGGCGCUCCCAAGCGUGGCCGUCUGCACCCUCAACUCCUGGCUCCACGCGGGCCACGGUGAGCGCCCUGAGUUCAUCGCCUACCACCACCUCCGUAUCCGUACCAAGCCCUACUCCUGGGGUGACGGCAACCACACUCUCUUCCACAAUCCCCGCGUCAACGCUCUCCCCACAGGCUAUGAAACCCACUGA